GGUAUGUUGGAGGAGUGAACGCGCGGAACUCCUCUGUUAGUGCUAUGACAGGACUCCUAUCCGGCGCGUAGUCGAGUCUAUAUUCAAUCUAGCCAUGGCGGCCACGGGUGGAGGGAAAAUUAGAAGCAGAAGAUAUCAUAUUGCUUCUAAACCUUACGCCAAAAGCAAACAGCAGCCGUCGGGGCUGAUUAGUCGAGUCACAGACACGGUGAAGAGCAUCGUUCCUUCCUGGCUACAGAAGUACUUCCGGAACGGGGAUGCUGCGGACGGGGGAGGGGUCAUGGCGGAGGCUGAGCAGAACAGCCGUGCCCCUCCCCCCAAUGGCAGCGAGGAGGUGGCACCCCUUCCUGAUGGACGGGACUCCCCAGAGCCCGGUCCCAGUUAUACAGAGCCUUCAACUAGCAGGGCAUCGCUGAACUUCCAGGAUGUUCUGUCGAGGCCCCCCCUCAAUCGCUCCCACCUUCACUUCCCUUCCCUGGAUGCCUCUUCGCCAUUGGCGGGCUCCAGCUCCAUGUUCCCUCAGCCCUCCACCUCCUCUGCCCCGUUUUCGGCGGGCGCCUUUGCCGGGGCAUCUUCUGGUUUCUCACUGGUGAAGGAGAUCAAGGACAACAGCUCCCAGCACGAGGACGAUAACAUCUCCACCACCAGUGGCUUCUCGUCACGCGCAUCAGAAAAAGAUGUCCCCAACUCUAAGACGGCGUCACUGCCCCAGCUGUGGUCCCCGGAGACAGAGCGCCCCCACUCAGGGCCCCAGCAGUCCCAGUCCGGUCUCAAGAAGCCGACCUUCAACCUGUCUGUCUUUGGGAGUUCCUCCACUUCUACGAUGAACAGUUCCGUGCUGAACUCCAGUCAGUUGGGGGGCUCUCCUUUUUACCCUGGGAAGACAACCUACGGGGGCGCAGCCGCUGUGAGGACGGCACGAUCCCGGACCGCCACGCCAUACCAGGCUCCCUUCCGGAGACAAAUCAAGGCCAAGCCAGCCGGGGCGCAGCCCUGUGGGGUGACCAGCGCCACGGCCCGGCGCAUUCUGCAGUCCCUGGAGCGCAUGUCCAGCCCCCUCGCUGACGCGAAGAGGAUCCCCUCUACGUCUUCCUCUCCCUCGUCAUCACAACUCGAUGGCAGUGCUACAGAAUUCUCGCAUUUUCAGGCCAGGAAGAAACGGCUGGACCAUGCCCUCCCCCCUGUCCAGAAGCUGGUGGUUCCGUCGGCCGCGGCUGUGUCGGGGAACCGCUCGAUGUCCUUCAAGCCCUCUCUGACCCCUGGGGGCCUUCCCCGGACCCCCAGAGAAACGCAUACGGGAAGAUCUCCCCUGGUGCCUUUUGCGGGUCCCUCUCAAGGCAGCAGUCUGCCCCUGUACCCUCUGUCCAGCACCCCUGCCCCCAGCAGCACCGCCGGAGGGGGCAAGAUGAAGAGGGAGCGCACCGGUGGGCGGCCGCCCUCCAAACAACCUGAAGACCAGAUUGUUGAGGUGCCGGACCUGCCGGCCAUUUCUCUGCCCAUCAGCACGUCCUUCACCCUGCCCGCCUUCAGCUUCACCACCUCCGCCACCACUGUCACGGUCACUGCCAGUGCCGCGCCCAUCGCACCUGCCCUGGAGGAGCCUGUCUGUAACAAGGUGUCCCCCUCUACGGCGCCCUCCACCCCUCCCUCCACCCCCUUUACCUUCUCCUCUCCCAUCGUCAUGGCAACGGCCGCUAGCCCACUUUCAUUCUCGCCAUCUUCUGGAUUCACCUUCAGUGCGCCUGUGGUGAAAACGGCUCCCACCAUGUCCAACGGCAGGACUGCCAGCCCAAAAGCAGCGGCAGUUAAACACGCCUCCAGUGAGAGCAUGGAGGAGUUUGAGGGGCCCUUUAAACCUGCCAAGGUCUUGAAACAGGGUAGCGUGAUGGACAUCCUCAAAGGACCCGGGUUUGCCUGUCCUGUUACUCGGACCUCCCCUGUUCCCAAAGCCCCCAUCACCCCUCCUCCCCUGGGGGAGAUGUUCAAAGCGCCGGUGGGCUCCUGGGACUGUGACGUUUGCAUGUUGCAGAACAAGUCCGCUGACUCGACAUGCGUGGCCUGCACCGCCCCGCGACCCAACUCAAAAACGGACAGUAAACCCUUAACGACCUCGUCUGGGCUGAACAACACCGCCACCACCACCACCACCACUGCUUCUUCUGGUUUUGGGUCGCUGUUCACGAAGCCCACUGGAAGCUGGGACUGUGACACGUGUUUGGUUCAGAACAAGCCGGAAACAGUCAAGUGUGUUGCCUGCGAGACGGCCAAGCCUGGGACCGGAGUUAAGGCCCCACUGACUUUACCCGCCUUCCCAGAGGCCAAGGCGGCUCCCCCUGCUGUUGGCCCCCUCGUGGGCUUUGGGGCCAUGUUCAAGAAGCCUGAGGGAGCGUGGGAGUGUGACGUGUGCUUGGUGCAGAACAAGGCCCCCGACGUCAAGUGUGUCUCGUGUACGAGUGCUAAGCCAGGAGCAGCUGCUCCCCCUCAGUCUCUAACCCCCUCCUCGGCCAGCAAUGCUGCUGUACUGGGCUUUGGGGACAAGUUCAAGAAGCCGCAGGGAGCGUGGGACUGUGAGGUGUGCUUUGUUCAGAACCAAGGGUCAGACCGGCAGUGUGUGGCCUGCCAGUCCGCUAAGCCCGGGGCCGAAGUUCAGACCAAAGCCUUCGGUUCCACGUCAUUUGGUAUCCAGUCCUCUACUGACUCCGGCACGGGGGGAUUUAAGUUUGGCACGGGGGCGAUAUCAGACUCUUCCUCCGGUGGUGGUGGUGGUGGUGGCGGCGGCGGCGGCGGCUUCAAAUUCGGCGGUGCCCUCUUGGAGUCGUCCUCCUCAGGGGGUUUCAAAUUUGGCGUGGCCUCCUCUGACUCCACCUCAACAGACAACGCCGGCUCCGCAGGCUUUAAAUUCAGCGGCUCCUCGGAGGGCUUCAAAUUUGGAGCUAACGCUGCUUCCUCUCCGGCGGCUGACAAGGGGGAGAAGGCCGGUGCUCCGAGCAUGGGGGCCGGGUUUAAAUUCGGUCUCACUGGUGGAAUUGCGUUUGGCGCUGCCAGCGUGGAGACCAAACCCGCGGAGGGAGGCUUCUCCUUUGGACUGUCAAAGCCGGAGGAGAAAACGACGUGCACAACUUCCACCUCCUCUACGUUCAGCCUCCCCACCUCCACGGAGAACCACACCGGAGCUCCUUCAGAACCGAGGACCUCAGCAGCCUCAUCAGCGACUCCCUCGUUUGGGAAGCCGACGGAGGCCACGCCUUCUGCCCUCGCCCCACCACUAGGGGGCAGCGUAUUCGUGGAAACCCCAGAGAAAGAGCAGGCCAAGCCGGCGGCCACUCCUUUUACCUUUGGGAAGCCUGAGGAGAAGAGUGGCUCUGCGGGUUCCGGGCUCCUGUUCACUGCUGCCAGUAAAGAGGCGGAGACUUCGGGUCCCUCUAUGGGCUUCUCCUUCAGUAAACCAGACCCGCCUAAAGAACAGCCCAAUGCUCCCGCCUUCGCCUUCGGGAAACUGGCAGAGAAGAGUGAACCCCCCGCCGCCGAAGCCCCUAAACCUUCAUUCAGCUUUGGGCAAAGCACGACAGAUGCGGUGUCCUCCAAGCCAGCGUUUGGUUUCUUGGCCAGCACCGCGACCCCCGCUUCUUCCUCCAGCACCCCCGCCACCAGCCUCUUCGGGACCCCCGGCAGCUCUUCCCCUGCCCCCAGUACCUUCCUCUUUGGGCAGAGUUCCUCAGGGGAGGCCCCCCCAUCCAAGACCUUCUUGUUCGGGCAGAGCCAGGACAGCCAACCCGGCCCGGCAGCCACCGCCCCUGUGGCCCCGGCUCAGCCCUUCCAGUUUGGGUCGGGCACUAACAACGCCACGGCCUCCUUCCCGUUCGGAGCUCCCGCGUCCUCUGCCACUUCGACUGCAGCUCCCGCCGCAGCUCCCUCUCUGUUCGUGUUCAGUCCCGCCUCCUCCGCCGGAUUUGGCCCUGGACAGGCUCCUGCCUUUGGCCAGGGAGCGUCCCAGCCCGGCGUCCCGGCGUUCGGCUCGCCCGCCCCUUCCCCCUUCUCCAACCCUGCCUCCCAGCCCCCUACCUUCGGGGCCAAGCCCAACUCUGUCCCGGUGUUUGGCCAGCAGGCCAACUCUGCACCGUCUUUUGGCUCAUCUGCCCCGUCUGCGCCAGGUGCCGGGUUCCAGUUUGGUGCCGCCAGCGUGUUCGGCGCCUCCAGUAACAACACCGGGGUGUUCGCUUUUGGCGGGGCGGCAGCAGGAUCCCCCGCCCCCUCAGUCACGCCCUCCAUGGCUCCUCAAACCGGUGCCCCUGGGGGGGGUUUCAACUUCGCGGCUCCCCCUAACUUUAAUAUUGGGUCAGCGAAGAGCACCAACCUGACCGCGGCUCCCGCUGCGCAGCACUCCAUCGCCGGGCGCAAGAUCAAAACCGCCGUCCGACGCAAGAAGUAAACGACCCAAGUGGGACUGGACUUGACCGUUGUAGUCAGGCUGGACUGCUUCUCUGGAUACUGACGUUCUUGGCAUGUGAAGGAAGAUGCUCUGGUUAAGCCCCGUAAUGGAGGGUGGUGUCGACGCUGCGCCGAGGCCUGGGCUCGGGGUGGGUGUCGGCACGCCGCGGAGCAGGGCUGAUCCUACGAGGCCGGUGUGACAACACUUCUUUUUAUAACUCAAAAUAAAAUACAAAAUGUGACGGCAACAACGCAAUCAAGUGAGAAACUUCUGCUUAACUGACAGGAAAGGUAUAUUUUCGACACCCGCGACGGUCCGCUAGAACUGAGGCAUGACUUUUCUUAAGAAUUCACAAAGGCAAAAACUGAAAUUUGAAAGAGUUGAUUGUGUAAAAAAAAAAAUUUAAUAAAAUAAAAAAAACGGUCUUGGCGUUGAUCGGUACGGGUGAAGAGGUUGCUGCCUGCGCACGUUCAUGCUGAGGUUAACGAGAACCAUGGUGCGUGUCCCAAACGGUGCCCUGUUCCUUAUAUAGUGCACUUUGUUUUAACCUGUGACUCCAGAGUAGUGCGCAGUGUGGGGUAGGGGAUAGGGUGCCAGUUGGGAUGCGGACGCAUGGUUGCUUCUGCGCUGAACGUUGCAUGGUUGUUUUUCCUGUGUACAGGUUUGAGGUGUGUUUGUUUCCUUUGUACGUGCGUGUGCGUGUGUGUGCGUGUGUGGCUCAAAAGUCUUAGGUGAGAAGCAUAUGAAUGUGUUUAAAUGGAGGAACUUGGUGUGAAAGAGGGGGCUGUUUCCCCUUCAUUUCGAGAGGUUGAAUCUGAAAGGUCCUCUGUAGGACUUUGUAAAUCUGUCGUUCCAAAUCUGUUCACCUGUUUAACUAUUUCUUUUUUUUUUUUUACUGUCUCGCUCCCAUCUCCUUUAUUCUUCUCUUGUGCUGUUGUCUGUCUCUUCCCAUUAUUCUGAUUCCCGUUCUUACCUGUGACCUCCUUUUGCCUCUCUUAAUUGGCCUUUCGAUAUUAUUAUAAAGUCUGUAAAUAUUUUUUUCAUUUUUUUUUUUAAUCUGUGAAGUUGAAUUUGUGUGUUAAACCAACUCUGCAUUCAGCGUUUUGCCGUUAGAAUUUAUUAUGUAAAUCCCUAUAUUCAAAGUUGCCUGAAAUCCAUUUAAAAUAAACUUAAAUGCAAAUUGGGGAACCUUUGAAGACUAAAGGUAUAUUGGCUUUUCUGAUCCACUUUUUUUGGACCAAAACCAGUAUUGUACAAAGUGUUAAGUAUAUAUUUUUCUAUUGCUUGUUUAAAUGGACUAGGGUGACUUUGGAUAAUAAGGAAGUCAAUUUUAUUUUAAAGCCAUGAUUAUUACUGGUUGAGUGAUACAUUAAAAACCAUGGGUAAUUACCAUAAUUAAAAAUAUAA